AUGAGUUAUACCCAACAAUCAACGUGCUAUUAUAACUCAGACUGCAAUGAUGGGAACCAUCAGGGAACUUCCCAUACAGUGUGCGUUAACUUCGGGUGUUAUUGUGAACCCAAUUACAUAUACAACAACCAAACACUGAAGUGCGAGAAAUACGAUUGCAAUACAAAUAGUACCACAAAAAAGUAUUGCUAUCCAAACCAUGAUAUUAACAGACAUUGCGAUUCACAUAAAGGAUGUGCAUACGAUUUUGACAAUUAUUACACCUAUUCCUACAAUGGCUUCUGGUAUUGGGCGUGGAUUUUCAUAAUUGUGCCGAUCAUUGUCUGCACUUGUAUUGGGAUAUGUGUGCGAAGACGCCGAGAGUUGGCCCGUCAAUCGCACCCGCAGUUUAUCAUAACUCAACCCCAGUAUAUGACGGCCAACGGUCCACCCCUUUAUGAUCCGCCGCCCAAUUACUUCAUGACUACCGCUACUGGUGUCCAACAACAGCCCAAGUGCGUUCUGAGUAGUCUUAUUAUCGCAUCAAUAGCAUGUGUUGAGCCAAAAGUGGCGCCGACGAGACUCGGAGACGACCAGAAGGUGCAGGACUACUGUUCCCUCACCACCACCUGCGAGGACAACCUAACCGUGUGUAUCGAUCACUCCUGUUAUUGCGGACCCAAUUACUACUAUAACAAAGCCGACGACGAGUGUCUGUAUUACGAUUGUUCAAAGAGUGACAGAAGUGUCUGUCCGUCUUUUCACGACAUCUCCCGACUGUGUGUUAGCGGUCAGUGUGUUUGCGACGACGAGACUGAACCCGAUGUUAAAAAUGGGGGCAAAUGUUUGCCCAAGAGGUCCGGUUCGGGUAAUGGUGGCGAUGGUAUCAGUGUCUGGGCCUGGGUUUGGGUCGUUAUUAUAAUCCCCACUAUUAUUGGUGUGAGUCUUGUUUGGUAUGUGAGACUCAGACGUCGGGCUAAACAAAAGGCCAAUAAGUCAACUGCGCUCACAGUUUCAAAACAUUAA